AAUUACGAAUUUGAUGGUGGCCUACGAGCAGAGGGAAAGCUUGAAUGUGCUUUGUCAAGAACAGUUGAUAAAGUGAAGCAUUUUGCGAAAGAAGUUCGUAAGGACUGUCAACACUCAAUUAGUCGAGUGAAUGCGUUCGAAAAUGCCCUGAAAACUUCUGGUAUCAUCAUCAACGAAGGAAUUACAUCGUUGAACGAUCUCAUUUCGAAAGCUACAUCAGAUUUUGAUGCGAAUUUAUGUGAAUUGGAGGCAGCUUGGAAGCAAACAUUAAAUAACACCAAACAAGAUUCUAUGUCGUUAUUGAAGAGUACCUACGAGCAGAAAUCCGAAAUCAAUGAAGUUGCUGAGGAAUACAUUGAAGUUGCUAAGUUGAUCAACGAUAUGCAGUCAAAUUUUCGUUUGGUUGCUGUGCUCUUGCAUGACUUUAUGAGAGCACCGCCGUUUUAUACAUUUGAGUGUUGCUUACUGGAUGAUCGAGUGACACAAUUGAGAGGUUUAAUGCGACCGAGUAAUGCACUGCAACGAGUGUCUUCGCAAGAAACAUCAACUCAGCAAAGUGAUAAUUCCUCAAUGAUUUGCGCUGAACUUUUGUUGUUGAUUCGCCGUUUGAUGGAAGCACAAACCAUACUUGGCGUCGUCCAACUGGAUGAACAUCCUCAACCAUCCGAAAUCGUAUCGCUAAUUGAAAAAGCUCAAGCAAUAAAAUUGUUAAUAUCGCCUAACGAAAGCUGCGGUUCUUCAGAGCCGUUUGAGACCGAUUAUGAUUGA